GUGUCCAGUGAGGCUAAGAGAAAGCUGUUUUCUUGAGGCCACCUAGUGAGUUUGCAAUAUAGAUGAGAUGUGAAUCUGGGGUCUCCUGAUUUGCCCUUGUGAUUAUGGGUAGGUUCUGGCCUGGGCGGAUCCGUUGACGCCGCAGGAAAGAGGACCGGAGGCUGUUCAUUUUUCUUAACAGAAUCAGAUUUAUUAACAGACAAACUCAACUCAGCAGGUUCGAAUGGGUCCAUUAAACUUAACUCUGGCAACAACUUAUAACUGCGUAUAUGCGUGUUGGUUUCUUUCUUCUUACUGGGGGGCUAGUCCAAACCUCUCCCGGUCGGUCAUAGGUCUUAGUGGCGUGGUUCUGACAGCACAAAUUGUCCCAUAACAGGGGUGUCUUGCCCAGUCCCCCUCCUGCUGGCUCUGGAGUAAAGAGGGACUGGGACGGAUCACCCUUCUCCCCCCACGCUGAUUGCGUGGAUAAACCACCACAGUCCAUUCCGACGGAUCUAGCUCUUGACCACGUGCGAAGAAAUCUGGAGGCUCCGGCAACAAUCCUCCGUUCACUUAAGGUCAUUAUGGCAGCUGUCAGCUUUGAAGAAUUCUCCGUGCCUCCUGGCUCAGAACUGGCACUGCCCCCUCUUUUUGGUGGCAAUAUCCUUGAGAGUGAAUUGGAGACCGAGGUAGAGUUUGCUGACAGUGGGAUACCGGAGGAAGAGGAAGAAGAAGGUGCCCUGAGGCAACAGGAGAUGACACGACGCAAGUGUCAGGCACUUGCUCGCCGCUGCAAGGAAUUAGAGCAGGUAAAUGAGAGGAUGUUAAACCGGCUGCAUCAAGUCCAGAGAAUUACACUGCAGCUCAAGCAAGAGCGAAGGUUUUUGAUGAGAGUGCUGGAUUCCUAUGGGGACGAUUACAGACAGGGUCACUUGGAUAUAGUCCUGGAGGACGAAGGGUGCCAUAGCACGGAUGCUCUGACACCUGGCAACACAGAGAAUGAGCCCCCUGAGAAAGAGACCACCAGAGCCCCCCUAGUUGCCUUGCCUGCCCAUGAGCCUGAGAGUCUCUCUCCAUCCGAAGGCCCAAUCACCAAAAAGAGGCGGCGCCACCUGCGGGAGGAAAAGGAAGGGAGGAUACGGCGUACAGCCCAAACCUUGCUCCCAAUGGAGGAGUUUCCUGUGCAGAUUAAGUCUGAAGAGGAUUUCCAGUGUGAGCAAGAUGUCCUUGUUCCUGCCUGGCAGCCAUCCAGUCCCAGAGACAAGUUGCUCCAUUACCCCAAGUUUUCAAGUCCUGGGGCCUGUUCUGAUUUUGACUGAGACUGGUAGCCAUUGCUGGGUGGCUAAAAGAAGAGAUUGCUUAUGUCAGUGCUCACUGAGGCAGGCCAUGAGGCUAUCAGAAGGCACCUUUUCUACUCAAAAGGACCAGCUCGUUUCUAAAGGACAGCACAGUAUGUAGCAUUGAACUUUAGCAUACUCAAGAGUGCUUUACAUAAAUAAUCACUGAGCCAACGAGGGAAGCAUCUGGAAAGGAUAUGUACUGCUCCGAACUGUGCCAAAUAAUACAACGUACAAGGAAACGAC